CGUAGAAAAGCAAUAAGGUCAUUUAUUCCAGGACGUAGAAAUAAAGACAAAGUGGAAGAAACUGACGUGAAAAAUCUGCUAGUACAAAAAAAGUGAAAUCUGUCACCAUAAACCAUGUUUGGUGCAAACAAACCAUUUGGUUUUGGUGGUGGCACUGGAACAUCAUUUGGGGCCUCAACACCAUUUGGGGGAGGUACUACUAGUACUUUUGGUGCAAAACCCACAGGUACUGCUACCACAUUUGGGACACCAGCCUUUGGCAGUCAGACUCCAGCCUCAGGGGGGCUAUUUGGGGGCAAUGCCAACACACAGCAAACUGGGGGCCUGUUUGGAGGAACAUCUUUCUCCUCUGCAGGAGGAUCUGGUGGGUUUUCAUUUGGCAGUCAGCCUACAACACAGACCACCAGUUUGUUUGCCAGUUCUAGCACUGGUGGAGGAGGGUUGUUUGCCACACCAUCAACCAGCUCAGCCUUUGGAGCCAAGACACCGGGGUUUGGAGUGGGAAAUACCAGUUUUGGUGGCACUUCCACAGGCACCAGUCUGUUUGGCAGCACCACCCACACCUCCACAGGCACCUUGCCAUUUGGUACCACAGGCACCACUGGGGGCAGCAGUCUCUUUGGAGGAGGUGCAGCCACAGCGUUUGGCACUGCUCAAACUGGCACCACAGUGAAAUUCAACCCACUGCCAGGCAGUGAUAACAUGUUGAAAAAUGGCGUCUCACAGACUAUCAACACAAAGCAUCAGUGCAUCACGGCCAUGAAGGAGUAUGAGAGUAAGAGUUUAGAGGAACUUCGCAUGGAAGAUUACGCAGCCAAUCGUAAAGGUCCCCAGCAGGGGGCGACAGCUGGGACGGGUCUGUUUGGUAAUACACAGACUGGACAGACAUCGGCUUUUGGGUUUGGACAGCCUCAACAGCAACAACAACAGCAACAACAGACAACUGGAGGAUUUGGAAGUGGUAAGUCAUUUGGCAACACUUCUACCGGUUUAUUUGGUCAACAGCAGAACACAGGUGGCAGCAGCCUGUUUGGCCAGACCAAACCUACAUUUGGAACUGCUACUACCACUGCAGCUAGUACAGGGUUUGGGACAGGAUUUGGAACCACCAGUACAGGAGGUGGGACAUCCCUGUUUGGACAGCAACAGAGCAAGCCACUGUUUGGCAACACAACCACCUCUCAGGCUGGUGGAAUAUUUGGCCAGACAUCCACUGCUUCAACUGGUUUUGGCACUGGCGGGUUUGGCACAAGUACAGGAUUUAACAGCACACAGACGGGGGGUCUUUUUGGCCAGAAACCUCUAGGUUUUGGUACAACCAGCACAGCCACCACAAACACGGGGACAACAUUUGGCUUUGGGCAAACCAACAGCAGUCUCUUUGCCAAGCCUACCACGAGCACUGGGUUCGGCUUUGGGCAGUCCACUGGCUUCAAUGCCAACACGGGCAGCACAUUGUUUGGCAACAAGCCUGCUGGAUUUGGUGCCGCGUCCACUGGGUUUGGGAACGCGCUAGGAGGCCUUUCCACUGGAACCAGCUUUAACUUUAACGCCGCUGAUAACAAGCCAGCCUUUGGCACGGGUCUGAACCUUGGAGGCUUUGGCCAGACAGGUGGUCUGGGGGCUACCACAACACUGUCCACAGCUGGAGCCACACUGGGAAGUAAUACAGAUGCAGCUAUUCUGGCUGCUCAGCAGGCACAGAUACAGCAGCAGUUGAUGGCACUGGCAAGUGCCCCGUAUGGAGAUUCUCCACUUUUCCGAAAUCUGAAACUGGAUCCUUCAAAGAGGGAAGAUAUGAAGCCGACCAACCCCCUGGCCCAGAAGGCAGCUCUGAACACCUCUUCACAGUACAAAGUUAGCUCCAGACCUUCAGCAAAGAUCAAACCCAAACCACUGCAUUCUUUGGUCAACGGAAAGGCUCAGCUGUUUGAUGGACUGGAGGAGGAAGAUUGCACGUUUGGCAAUGACACAUUUGUACCCAGGCGCAGCGUGAAGAAGCUGGUCAUCAAGAACAACAGGAAUGGAUCAAGUCCACCGAGUCGUUCUUCCUCUCAGAUAGAGGGGGACCUGGAGCAGACGUCUCCAUUCAGACUGGGGGGUGCGAGGAAUGGGCUAAGCCUUCAGGACGAGCAAACCCCAACACCCUCUGUCAUUAAAAAUAGCCAGCCAAUAACCCAGCAGAGGAAGAACGUUAAUGGUGACACCCCAGGACCUCGUCCAAGCCUGGAUGACUCCAUUGCGGCACUGAAUGCUAAGAAUACAGCCAAAAGUGCUGAAGCCAUGAAGAGAGAUGUGGAAUCAGGCGGAGAGAGCGAGGAGGAGGAGGACAGUGAGGAUGACUCUGAGCCCCCUCCCCACCCAGCAGGGAUCAUGCUCCACCGCUCUGGCUACUACACAGUGCCUUCCCUAGAGGAACUGGCCACUAUGGUGGACGGGGAGGGUAGAUGUGUGGUGGAAGACUUCACCAUAGGCAGGGAGGGAUACGGUAGUGUUUUCUUCCCAGGGGAAACUGAUGUUGCCAAUAUGAACCUGGAUGAGAUAGUAUUUUUCCGCCGUAAAGAGGUGACGGUGUAUCCAGAUGACGAUGACAAGCCCCCUGUAGGAGAGGGGCUGAAUAAGAAGGCUGAAGUCACACUGGACUGUGUGUGGCCAGUGGACAAGAGUGACCACUCUCCAGUGAAGAGUCCUGACAGACUGAAGAUCAUGAACUAUGAGCGCAAGCUGGAGAUAUCGACUGCAAAAAUAGGUGCCAAGUUUAUUGAGUAUAGACCUGAGACUGGGUCCUGGGUGUUUGAGGAUGACUCUGAGCCCCCUCCCCACCCAGCAGGGAUCAUGCUCCACCGCUCUGGCUACUACACAGUGCCUUCCCUAGAGGAACUGGCCACUAUGGUGGACGGGGAGGGUAGAUGUGUGGUGGAAGACUUCACCAUAGGCAGGGAGGGAUACGGUAGUGUUUUCUUCCCAGGGGAAACUGAUGUUGCCAAUAUGAACCUGGAUGAGAUAGUAUUUUUCCGCCGUAAAGAGGUGACGGUGUAUCCAGAUGACGAUGACAAGCCCCCUGUAGGAGAGGGGCUGAAUAAGAAGGCUGAAGUCACACUGGACUGUGUGUGGCCAGUGGACAAGAGUGACCACUCUCCAGUGAAGAGUCCUGACAGACUGAAGAUCAUGAACUAUGAGCGCAAGCUGGAGAUAUCGACUGCAAAAAUAGGUGCCAAGUUUAUUGAGUAUAGACCUGAGACUGGGUCCUGGGUGUUUGAGGUGAAGCACUUCUCAAAGUAUGGCCUCCUUGAGGAAUCUGAUGAUGAAGACAUGGUGACAGCAGACAAGAAACAGCUUGAGCUCUUGAAGGAACAGCAGGAGCAGCAGCUUAAAGUACAGAAGCAACACAUUCAUUUGCAAGAGUUAAAAUCAAAACAGCAGUUUCGAAAUGAAGAGCAAGAUUUUAUUUCAUUGGAUGCAAACAGAAGACCAAUGAGAGAAGAGGAUGAUGACGACGAUGAUGUAAUGGCCGACAUCACGCAUGAAAAGUUUCCAGAUGAUUUGGGUGAUGAGAUGGAUGAGCGAGAAGAUGAGUCAAUGGAUGGAGAGGUGGUGGAGGCCCCGUCAUCACACCGCCUGGCCACCAGCCUGGGAGUGGAUGCCAGGAGCAUGCAGGUGAUGAAGGCCUCCUUCUUUAUGGAUGAAGAAGAGAGGGAUGGAGGGGUCCCCGCUUCCCCAAGUCAGUUCCCAGGUCUUCUUAAACGUGAAGGCAGCCGUGACACCAGGACACCCUCACCACUGUUCAGACAAAAGGAAGGCAAAGGUCUUCUUGGGGCGUCUGUAUAUGAACCUAGACCACAGAGCCCCCUGGUGACUGGGGAUAAGGUGCAGCAGAUGAGAUCUGGUGUGUUCUCCACUAAAGUUCUCCCAUCAAAACCCAGUAAAAGCCUAAUGGAGACCAGUGCGCCAGAGCACCUGCUAAUCCCCAGCGGAAUGCCUCAGCAGGAGCCUGUAAGGAAAGUCGUGGGGUCAAGGAUCCAGCGCACCCUGCCUGCUUUCCAUGAGUCAGUCCUAUACAACAAGCAGCACCUGAUCAUGGAUGCUGGGUUAGUAAUGGGGAGAGGCUGCAGGGUGGGUUGGGCUCCAAAUGGCGUACUGGUACACUGUGGGACCCCAGUGUUACAGCAGAGGCAAGUGAAGACAAAGGACAAAAGGUUUUCUAUCCUCCCAGACAGCAAACCACCAACCCGGCCAGACCAGUCCCCCUUUACUGUAACCUUAGAGAAAGUGAAGGUCACACCAUUUGCCUCUGAAAUGGACAAAACAUUAACAGAAAAUCACAUCAAGUACUUAGAGAUUCAGUUGGAGCACUCAGAACAUGGCAUUGAGAAUGGGUGCCCUGUCUUUACCCCUAGACUGGGGGUGGAGGCUCUACAUAAGUAUGCUAAACAGGCAGUAACAGAGAGAGACAGUAUAGGUUCUCACCCAGAUGCUGAUGCUGUACACCACGGCAGUCUGGUCUGGGAGCUGUGUGUGGCUCUCUGGGGAAGACUGGCAGAAUUUGGAGAAGAUGAAGAUGUGAAGCCAGAUGAGUAUGCACACCACAUGGCAAGGAGAGAGGCUUUCUCACAUUGGUUGGCUAACGCCGCUAGUCAGACAAUCAAAAAAGAAAUCCAAGAUAACAAAUUCAAAACGUCAGGUCACCUGGCGGACAUUUUCAGCCAUCUUAGUGGCCGUCAGAUCUCCCAGGCAUGUGCCCUGGCCCAGGAGUCAGGUGACCACAGACUAGCCCUCCUAUUGGGCCAGGCAUCUGGCAGUCAUGUGACCAGGCAGAUGAUCAAAAAGCAGUUGAGUGAUUGGGAAGAAAUGAAGGCUGACAAAUAUAUAGAACCAGAGCGUCUCAGAGUUUACAGUACACUGGGAGGCUGCCCAGUGUGGCAGGCCUCUGACUACACUGUCAACUCCUGUGAGGCCUUGGACUGGAAGAGGGCACUGGCAAUACAUUUAUGGUAUCUGUGCACCCCCAAUGCAACAAUAGCAGAUGCUCUACAAGAGUAUGACAGGGCAUUCAAGGGGAAGACAAGUUUUGGGCAGUAUGCUCCUCCACCUCUACCCCCCUAUCUAGAGGAUGACCCCUUAUAUCUUGAAGAAGUAGUAGAAGAAGACAGGAGAUUUAUAGUUCGGGACACUUGUUAUCACUUAUUGAGGUUAUAUAGUCACAAGUUUCAUAGGUUAGAGAGGAUAUUAGCUCCCACAACUUCUACUCAGAACCAACUGGAUUAUAGAUUAAGCUGGCACUUGUGUGAGGUGUUAAAAGCCCUGGAGUACACACACCUGUCAGAGCAACACGAGGCCACCCUCCACUGUAACUUUGCUGCACACCUGGAGUCUGUGGGACUCUGGCACUGGGCAGUGUUCGUUUUACUACAUAUCGAAGACUACAAGAGGAGAGAGAAUGCAGUAAGAGAAACACUCCUAAGGCAUGUGUCGCUGGAGCUGGACGAGGAGAGCACCGAGAGGGAAACAUUUUUAAAAGAACAGUUAUACAUUCCUUCAAAAUGGAUACAUGAAGCUAAGGCACUAAAAGCCAAAGCACUGAGAAGGCCACAUGAUGAAGCAUGGCACCUCCAGAAAGCUGGCCACUGGAACAAAAGUCACGUAAUCAUCCUGAGACACCUGGCUGCGGAUGCUAUUAUUAAUGAAGACUAUGACUACCUGCGACAGUUCCUUGAAGAGUUGUCCCUACCAGAGCACAGUUCUGCCAUCUAUGAGUGGGCAGUGGGAGGCAGAGUGUUCCUAGACUACAUCAACAUCCUGGAGACCCUGCAGGCUAUGAAACAAGGGGAACCCAGUGUGUAUGAACUGGAGAAGCUACAGCCAGAGGUGAUCUCGCUGUGCAAUCGUGUUGGCAACUUGCAGUGCUUUACAGCCAAAGACAGGCUGUGUCAGUCGGAGAUGGCCAAGAAAACUGCUAACUUGUUAAGAACACUCCUAGCACUGAAGAACAGAACAAUAGAUGACCAGGGAAGACCAACAGUGAGUUUGCUUGCUCCUCAUAUUGGUAAGCUGCCAAUGCCUGAAGAUUACGCACUUCAAGAACUGAGAGAACUCACGAGAAGUUACAUGAUGGAGAUGACAUCUUGAUCCGGAUUAAAUACUGGCCCUAAUUACUGACAAUUUAUAUCACCGUAAUUGCAAAGCCAUGGGAUAUGAUGCCCUGAAAACAUCUUUUUCAACCAGUGGUCGACAUGGUUUCAAGAAGGAAAUGCAACGUUUUAUUCAGACUGCCUUAUGGGGUUUAGAUCCACAGGACUUUCUUUUUCUUCACAUUAAAAUAAAAAACACUUGGAUAAUACUAUGGUAUGACGGCAGAGGAGAGGUGUAAAAGAAAAACAAUUGUAUGUUGCACUUUCACUGUAUAUAAAGAAAAAAGUCUAGUGUAAUGCUUCACAGAAGUUUUAUAUAUGUUAUAGUGUCUCGUGUAAAUCAUGCCUUAUGUAAAGAUAUUCUUGAUAAAAGUCACUUUUAAAGGUGAACAAUAAAGUUUUGUAAAAAUAUAAA